UGUCUCGAACCGACGGUAAAACCCACAACGCAAACAUUUUGACAAAGUUGACCACCAUGGCAGGACGGAACAGGGUUGCUAAUUUGCUCAGGCAACUCGAAAACGCAUCAUGCAGAUGCCCAGCGCAUUCAAAUACUUUGCAUCAAGGCACAGAAGCUGCCACAUGCACCGUAAGAAAAACUGAUUAUGCAGUUGAGAUGGCCAGUUCAAACAUCCGGUAUGGAGAAGGUGUCACACAGGAAAUUGGCAUGGACCUUCAGAACAUGGGAGCUCGUAAAGUCUGUCUGAUGACAGACAAGAACCUGUCUCGUCUCCCUCCAGUCAAAGCUGUGCUGGAGUCACUGGCUAAGAAUGGGAUAAACUACAGAGUGUUUGACCGUGUGCGAGUGGAACCCACAGAUUCCAGCUUCAAGGAAGCCAUCGCCUUUGCAAAGAAUGAAGUGUUUGACGUUUAUGUCGCUGUGGGUGGAGGCUCGGUAAUUGACACCUGUAAGGCAGCCAAUCUGUAUGCCUGUCACCCGGAGGCGGAUUUUCUUGACUUUGUUAACGCACCUAUAGGGAAGGGAAAGCCGAUUACACAAUCUCUCAAGCCUCUGAUUGCAGUUCCCACAACAGCUGGAACUGGGAGUGAGACGACCGGUGUUGCUAUCUUCGACUUUGAAAAACUGAAGGCAAAAACUGGCAUUGCCUGCAGGGCUCUCAAACCGACUCUUGGAAUUGUGGAUCCACUGCACACUUUGCACAUGCCAGAGAGGGUUGCAGCUAACAGUGGUUUUGAUGUCCUAUGCCAUGCCCUGGAGUCAUAUACAGCCCUUCCAUACAACAUGCGUAGCCCCUGCCCUCCAAACCCCAUCAACCGCCCCGCCUACCAAGGCAGCAACCCCAUCAGUGAUGUUUGGUCCAGACACGCCCUCAAAGUGGUGGCCAAGUACAUGAAAAGGUCAGUGUACGAUCCUGAGGAUGUGGAGGCUAGGUCUAGCAUGCAUCUGGCAAGUGUAUUUGCUGGCAUUGGAUUUGGUAAUGCUGGAGUCCACUUGUGCCACGGGAUGUCUUAUCCGAUAGCUGGAAAUGUGAAGACCCACAAGGCCAAAGGCUAUAAUGUGGAUCAUCCUAUUGUGCCCCAUGGUCUGUCAGUGGUCCUAACCUCCCCUGCAGUCUUCACGUUCACGGCCAGCAUGUGUCCAGAGCGCCACCUGGAGGUUGCAGAGAUACUUGGGGCGGACGUGAGCAAUGCCAAGAGAGACGAUGCUGGCCUACUAUUGGCCGACACCUUGCGGCAGUUCCUGUUUGACCUCAACGUGGAAGACGGCUUGCACGCUGUGGGUUACACCAAAGAUGAUGUUCCUGGCCUUGUGAAAGGAACUUUGCCUCAGGAGAGGGUGACCAAGCUGUCCCCAAGAGAACACACCGAGGAGGACCUGACUCAUCUCUUUGAGGCCUCCAUGAAGCUCUACUAAGAGUGCAACACAUCUUCACUCAAGUUUAUACAUUCUGACACACAUACUGCACAUGUACACAUUCACACACCAUGAAGUAUAGUGUAAGAGAUUCAUAAUGUAAUCUUUGAAAUAAGUCAAACUUUAUUAACAAAGUGAAACUUAUAUCCAUAAGGAUUGAUAACCUGUAUUAUCUUUCCUUUUUUUAAAUGAUAUGCAUGGAUCAUUUGAUAUCAAUAUAAUGUCAACAAUCAGAAACAAUAUUACUGUAAGAGCCGAUUUUGAUUUGUUUAUCCCAAUCGCCUUUGUCAAGCUCCGCUGUGUGUCCUAUAAGAAUAGUUUGAACUGAAUGACAGGGUCUUUCUCAGAAGUGUUGCGACUGUUUAAUCUAGUUCCCAGAUUACCUGGGAUAGCUGUUAUGUAAAGUGGACCUCAGCGCUAAGAAUGUCUCUGAUUUUACUGGUUUUAAGUGGUUUAUCCCCAUGAGAGCACGGUAUGCCUUAAAGCACAUACAAGUUGAAGAGAGAUAAGUAUGAGGUAGUGAUGAGACGGAAUACAAUUGCUUGUAAUACAUUCAGAGGAUGUAUUACGUUUAGUAAUUUUAUGCAUUAUAUGAAUGCCACUGUUGAAAGUGCAACUGGGAGGUCAUAAUGUGAUAUGGUUAAUGAGGUGUGCAUAACAAUCCAUGACUCUCCAAUGAUAAUUCAUUCAUUUAGCUAAUUCACCAACUCAUCUAGUUGUCACUGUUUCACUGUUGAUGUAUGCCUAAAUUAUUGUGCUACUUUGUACACCUUUGUACCUUCACAUAUCAGAUCAAAUGUAUUUGGUAAACAAUCAAAGCUGCUUAAAUCCAACUAUUCUGCACGUGUACUGAUUUCCCACCUAAGAACAGGCAAGAGGAAAGGUUGUGUCAAUUGUCCAAUAUUAAAGAUGCACAUACAAAA